AAAAGUCGAUCAUGAAGCUAGUGAUUUUGUGCUUAGUGAGUUUAUUCUCAAUAGCUUGGGGAGAGCGCCCCAUAAACGAUCUAGUUGAGAAUAAUACACAAUUCAAACAUCUAAAUGUUAAGCUAACAGAUAUCGUAAAUGAAGACAAUCUAGAAAGUUUUUUGGAAGCCCUUAAGAAAUUUGUGCAAGAUGGAGACGUCAGCGGCAUCUUCAAUUUAAAGAUGAACCCGACAAUCGAUGAGGCAAUAGACAAGUUAAGAGCCUACUUUAUCAGUUGUGGAUUUGAUCCUCUUGAAUUAGAUGAUCAAAAAUUACAAUUGCUUGGGAUAAUUGGCAGCAUUAAACUGACAUCUGGAUGGCUUCAAGACAUAUCUACCAUUAGUAGAAAUGACGACGUGAUUGUUAGUUACAACAGCGCUACCAAAAAAGUGGCAUUCACUUUACCGUUGAAAUUCAAUGUUUUAUUGUUCACCUACAAAUAUGUCACUAGAGUAACUUUACUUAAAAUCAAAGGCGAUGUGCUAGGAAAAAUCCAAGAUGUGGUAAUGAACUUAAAUCUCAUAUUCGAUGGCAGUACUGGAAAAUUUGUUUUGAAAAGUGUUAGUAUGAAAGACUCUGGGAAAAUUACCGUUAAAUUUAGUGGACACAGUUUAGUGGAUUGGAUUACUAACGCAAUGACCAGCGUCAUCACUGAAGUCCUCCAUCCUCUGCUCAUAUCGAUGUUACAAUCUGGAGCCAUGUCUGUGGGCAAUGAUAUUACCGAUGCCGUCAAUGAAUAUAUAAAAAAUCACUUUUGAAAGUUUUAUAUAAUAUUGACUCAUAAAUAUUGAAGCAAACAGUU